AUUCGUUCGAAGCGAGCAUAGCCCUAGUAACAGCAAAGAAGUAAUUGUACUGUGUGUUUAGUUUAGAUUCGUUUUGUUGUUUGCGCGAAAUAUCGAUGGCAACUGAAAACGAACAGCAAAAGUUUGAGGUGGGGGCUGUCAAUUCGCGCCUACGUAGAGUUACCGAUGGCCAAGUACUCGGAAGAAAUCAGACCGAACCUAAAACGGGAGGCAACUUUUCAAACGGUUCUGAAGCCGUUAACGGACAGAAGAGAGAGUUAAACAGGCAGAAAUGGUUGUGUAGGUUUGUGGAAGCAAAAGAGAUGAUGCCAAGCGAAGAAACUCAAGACGUUAUGAACAAGAAAUCGAACUUGGCUGGGUCGAAUCGAGUUAGGAAACUAAGCAGGGGUGUUCACUUUAACGAGGAGGUUACAAUACAUGAACCACCUGCAACAGAACGCAAUAAAGCCGCCGACAUCCAAGCUGAUAUUGUAAUGAAGUAUUUGUUUGAGGAAGACAAGGAUCAAGAGAAGCAUCCAGCAUCCAGGUGGAGAGGACUUGGUCUCGCUGCGGAUGUCACAGCAGCAAUGAGGAGCUUGGCGUCCAGGGUCCUCUCUACUCCGGAGACCAGUAAAGAAGAUGGGGAAGAAAUUAAUGAGAUGGAGUCGGACAGUGGGUAUGCUGAUGCGGGCGAAAGUCCGGACGAAUUAAAAGACGAAGUUGAGGUUGUUUAUGUAGAAGAAGAGGACCCAAAUGAAGAGCUAGAUCCUCCUAAAGCAAACGAGGAGGCUGGAGAGACAAAUAUAUCGAUUCCGGAUGUUGUGAUUCGUCCUGCACCUGAAAUCGUGGUGGAAGAAACGAUUGAAACCACUGAGGCUGAGGAAGAGGAGUGUCUAAAGAAUUAUCUGACUCGAAACCUCACUGUGGAGUAUGAGUCAAGCGACGAAGAUAGUUCUGUUAUGGUUGAUUAUCAGACCAAGUAUUCCCUUCAAGUUCGAGGCAACGGAGAGAAAACUGAUCCUUUCCAAUUCUUUGAGGUUGCCCACGAACCCUGUCAUGUUUUGAAGGUCCGUGUAUUAUGUGGGCGAAAUAUCACCAAAGGCCGUCUCGGGGAUUACAUGGACACACCGGACCCGUACGUGGUCGUUCACAUCAGAACUGCUCCUGAUGGUCGAAAAGCUACAAGGCAUAUCGACAACGAUAUCAACCCGGAAUGGAACGAAGAGCUGUCGUACCUUCUACCAACCCAGGACAACGUACCCAUUAAGGCAGAGAUCAACCUAAUGGAUGCAAAUUAUGCCGUGGACGAAAAACUUGGUUGCGUGGAGUUUGACGUCAGCAAAAUACCAAGAGACGAAACCGUGUUAAAAACCUUUAGUUUUAAUGAGACAUCAGAGGUGGACAUUGAAUUCACAAAAGAACUAAAGUACGACCAAGACAUUCGAUCUAGCCUUGCUCUUUGCAAAGAAGAGAAGGAGUUUCGUUCAGCCCGCAAACGUCGUGCGUUCUCAGCCAUGCGAAACAUGAUGACGGCAGGCGGCCCACGGUCCUUACGCGAGACACCAACGAUUGCCAUCUUAGGUUCAGGUGGUGGCUUUCGUGCAAUGACUGGCAUGUCUGGCGCCGUUAAAGCUCUCAACGACUCUGGCAUCCUCAACUGUGCAACUUAUAUAUGCGGCUUGUCAGGUUCAUCUUGGUAUUUAUCCGUUUUGUUUGCACACGGUGAUUUCCCAUCGGUCGGUACAUCUGAAGUGAACGCCGAAAUUCGACGUCACAUUGCAUCCAGCCCAUUCUGGCUACUCAGACCUGAAUGCCUCAUGAGAUACAGUCAUCGACUGCACACAAAAAUGAAGGCGGGUCAACCAGUAACGUUCACUGACUUCUUCGGCUUGCUGAUCGGACAGACAUUGCUUGGCCCAGAGAGAAUGGAAACUGCAAAACUGACUGACUUCCAGGAGAAAGUUCGCGACGGGAAAGCCCCCCUUCCGAUACUCACAUGCUUGCAUGUUAGACCAGAUAUUUCUGCCAUGACGUUCCACGAUUGGGUUGAGUUCAGUCCGUACGAGAUCGGCAUGGCCAAGUACGGGACCUUCAUGAAAAGCAAAUAUUUUGGCAGCAAGUUUUACAUGGGUGUGUUAGCUAAAGAGUACGAGGAGUAUCCACUGCACUUUUUAAUGGGUGUGUGGGGAAGCGCGUUUUCUAUUUUAUUCAAUCGCCUUGUGGAGAAAAGUCAGGGUUUGAAACGAAAUUCACCGGGACUGAACCAAGAAGAGGACAUGCGUACUAUAUUAGGAAACAAGAUAGAUCAAUCGUUCAAACGUGAAACGGGGUCAAACAAAGGCGAUAUUUCAAGCGAUAGCGACGACAGCGAUGACGAAGACAAAUAUUGGGAUGCAGCGGAAGAAGAAAAUAUGAAGAAACAGGAACAGCGUGGAAGACGAAAUACUUGGGUUCCUGGAUCAAAAACCGAACCAGAGUUUGUUCAAAGCUCAGAUAAUUCUUCUAACAGGAAAACCGAUAAACGUCCGAGUAUUUGGGGCAGUUUAUUUGGUGGCGGAUCAGCACCACCACCAAGCAACGAGGAAGAAAAGGAGAAGCCGAAGAAAGGAGGGUUCUUCAAUACCAUAAUCGGUGGAAUGUUUGGCACCAAUUUUAUGGAAUCUCGAGAAUACAGAGCUGGCAAGAUCUUAAACUACAUGAGGGGUAUCGUCAUCAGCCGCACAUACCCAAUCUCACCGUUUUCACCACUGAGUGCGGUUCCAGAGGUCACAAUAGCAGAAGCGAACGAGUUCGGUAAGAUCCACGAGCCGAUGGAGGUAAAAAAGAAGAAGGUUCACCUGGUUGAUGCAGGACUCACCUUCAACUCCCCCUACCCCUGCAUCUUACGUCCUCAGAGAGCAGUCGACCUCAUUAUUUCGUUUGACUUUAGCGGUCGCCCCAGCGAAGUUUGCGAGCCGUUCAAGGAAAUCCUGCUUGCUGAAAAAUGGGCUCGUAUGCACCACCUACCGUUUCCUAAAAUCGACCGCACUGUGUACGACAGAGAAGGAAUGAAAGAAUGUUAUAUCUUCCAAGACCACUCGGAUGACAGGGCCCCAGUUAUCAUGCACUUUGUGCUAUGCAAUAUCAUGUUUCGAAAGUAUUCUAAACCAGGCGUAAAAAGAGAAGCCGGUGAUACGAGGGGCGACUUUAACAUCUAUGAUCCUAAGAGUCCAUACUCUACCUUCAACUUCCAAUAUCCUAACGAAGCAUUCGAUCGCCUACACGAGUUGAUGGAGUUCAACACGUUGCUUCAUAUAGAAGACAUCAAAGAUCAGAUCCGGCAUUGCAUUUCUUUGCGAAGACAUUCCCAGUCGAGAUGCUCCAUUACUCUGAACGACAUCAGAAACUCUUUCCAUAUGAGUGACAAGAACAAGCGUUCCCUUGAACGUCGAAUCAUAGAUUCCGGGAGCAUUCCCCUCGAUUAAAAUGUCCUGGAUCGUCUUAGAAAACUAAUAGAUUCAUGACUUUUACAGCAGCAGUUUUCGCAUUUCGAACUUCAGCUGUUUCUGAUUAGCGUCGAAACUCUUCAUACGUAAUUUAUUCCCCACUUAUCGCAGGCGCGCAAGUAAGCUUGUUUGUGAUCAUCGUAGAAAACAACUGCUUGUAUAGUGCGAGCCUAUUUUCGCUGCACUCCCAAAGCUGCUACGUUCCGUUUUAAGAACAACGUUGUGGGUAAUAUUUGCUUAAAACUGCUAUACAAUUAGGCUAUAAAGUUAUCGAAAGGUGUACUAAAGGGUCUCAUUCUACGACAGUUCCUAUAUCGGUGCGUUUAUAAACUCUUCCUUCAUCGACGUUUGCUGAUGCAACCUUUUUAAUAUAUGUAGUAGGGUGGGGAAAGAUGGGACAUCUUUUAUUUUAUCUCGUUCCAUUUGGUAGUAAACAAAAAACAUUCAGAGAUUUAUAAAACCAUAUCUUCACGACUCCCAAAACCGUGGUUAAUUGUUUAAAACACGAUCAAGAUAUAAUGUGCUAAAUGUGUCCCAUCUUCCUCGCAGUACAAUUUGUAAUUCUAAUCCCUCGAUUUUGAGUUCUCAAGGCUGCACGGCCUUUUAACAGUGUUGCAAAAACGAUUGAACUUUAAAUAUAAAACCUAUUAAUGUCAUCUUCAGCAUUAACAUGCUGCUACUCCGCGUCUAUUUAUUGCUGUUGUGAUUUUACUGUCAAAUACACCACCACCGUGUAUGUGUUA